CAGGGCCAGGAUCUGCUGAACCUGUUACUCCUGCGGGCGAGCCCCUCCCUAAAUGCAUUCAAUUCUCACGGCCAGCAACGGUAACACUCCAACGCACACACAAAAGGACAUCCAACCCUGUGAAACAGGUUGCCAUGGGAGCGAGAAUGCGAACCGAAUGGGAACCAGAAUGAGAACAGGACGAUGACAAGUCCUGAAGUAGGCGCUUCGUUUUCGUUUCGUUUUUAUUGAUUCAGCUCGUUGAUCAUAAUAAAC